AUGAAUGGCCGAGCCGGUCUCCGCGCCUGGCAGUGGUUGUUCAUCUUUGACUUUGUCAUCGGCGUCCCUGUGGGCAUCUAUAGAUUCUGGGCCAUCCCGGUUAUACAUCACUCGUCCAAGGCUCUCGGAUUCUCACGACAUGGCCUCUCUAAAUGUUCUGUGCCAUUUUUGAUCGCCCAUGUGCUUGGCAUCCGCGUCUACUCCUACUUCAACCUCUGGCUGCGCGACACGGGUCGAUGGAGCACGGAAGAGGUCAAGAUCAUCCCCUCGGCCGGUUAUGGGCUGCAAAUCAUCUUCGCGCUCACCUACGCCUGGACAUCAGAAGCUAUCCAGAUGCGCUGGCUGCUGAUCAUUGUCGCCUGCGUGAUUGCAAUGAUCGGUACGGUGAUCUUGUCUGUCUGGCCCGAUGGAAAUCUGCCAGCUAUGAUGACCGGCUGGUUGCUCACGUUCCUCGAAACUGGCGCGGGCGCGUUGAUCAUCACAUGGAUCCACGUAGUGUUGUCAUACUCGGCCGAGCACCGCGCUAUUCGCAUUGGCAUUGUUGAUACGGCAGCUUUCACGUUUCAAGCAUGGAUGCCACUGUUUGUGUAUAACACUGGGGAGGCACCGCACUUCCCGAUUGGAUAUGAGAUGGCGACAAUGUUCUUUGGUCUGGAGAUUGUCUUGACGAUAGUCAUCGCUUGGCUGGUCAGGAAGUAUCCCAUGAAAGCUUAA